AAUUCACGGAACACUUAUAGAAAAAGUUGGUGGGACAUUAUAAUCACUAAGGACAUAAAUCCAACGAGAAAAAUAAAUAUGUACACUUCCUUUAUUAAAAAUUAUAUAGGCAUUACAAGUUAUAUAACAGCGAAAAAAGGAAGUAAUAAUUUAAAAAAUAUUAUUAUUCGCAGAACUGUAAUAAACUUGCAGAACACCGGUUAAGAACCACUGCUCUAUAUAACAGAUAACACACAUAUAGUAUAUAUUUAGUUAGUAUAAUCCAGUAUAAUCGCAUGAAUAGUUUCACGUGUUCUCAGUUGUAUCUCUAUUUUUAUAUAUCUGUACAAAGAAAAAAUUAUAUGAUACUUAAAUGAUACGUCAUGCUAUUACGUAUCACAAUUUCUUAAUAGUUUCUUUCAGUAUUCGUAACGUGUUCUUCGUAAGUUGGAAGCAGAAUAGCGGAACGAAUACUCGGGUUGCUGUUUAAAUUUUAGGUUAAAUUUUGUAUCAAUUCAAAAUAAUAGAACAUGCGUGCAAUUAUUGCAAUAGUAUGCGUCUUCCUUGGUUGUUGCAGCAACGUCGUUUUUUUAGAGCUUCUUGUUAAAGAAGAUCCAGGUAGUGGAAAUCUCAUUACAUUUCUACAGUUCCUUUUUAUAUCGUUAGAAGGAUUUUUAUUUACUUCAAAAUGCGGGACUGUAAAGCCCAAUAUAGGAAUAAAGGAUUAUUUUAUACUAGUAACAAUGUUUUUUAUUGCUAACGUUUGCAAUAAUUGUGCAUUUGAUUUUAACAUACCCAUGCCGCUACAUAUGAUAUUCAGAGCUGGUUCUCUGAUAGCUAAUAUGAUUAUGGGUAUUAUUAUUUUAAAGAAAAAGUAUGCUUUUAGCAAGUAUUUAUCAGUAUUUAUGAUAACCCUUGGUAUUGCCAUCUGUACAAUUGUUAGUGGUAAAGAAAUUAAAUCGUUGCAAGCUAAAAAUGUUGAACAAAUACCUACCACUCCAUGGGAUGAUUUUUUUUGGUGGGCAUUAGGUAUAUUAUUGUUGACUGUUGCAUUAUUUGUUUCGGCAAGGAUGGGCAUUUAUCAAGAAGUAUUACAUAAAAAAUAUGGAAAAAAUGCAAGAGAAGCGUUGUAUUAUACGCAUCUGUUACCCUUACCGUUCUUCUUAACAUUGGCUCCUAAUAUCUGGGAACAUUUUAAGUAUGCUCUUGCAUCGGAACCAAUGAAUAUAUCAAUAAUUAACUUAGAUGUACCAAAGUUAAUUGCAUAUCUUAUAGGAAAUAUUCUAACACAAUAUAUGUGCAUCAGUUCUGUUUUUGUAUUAACAACAGAGUGCACAUCUCUCACCGUAACUUUAGUAAUAACAUUAAGAAAAUUCUUGUCUUUAAUUUUUUCUAUAAUAUAUUUUAAGAAUCCGUUUACAAUCUAUCACUGGAUUGGUACUCUUUUAGUAUUUACAGGAACUGUGAUAUUUACAGAAUUAAUACCAAAGAUUAUAGAAAACUUGCCGUCAAAAGAGAAGACAAUAGUACAAGAUAAGAAAGUGCAAUAAUAAAUAUGAUUUAAUAAAUAAAAUAUUAUAUGCUGUUUAAUAUAACAUAAAUAAAUUGAAAAUGUAAGUACUAUCUUCUAGUUUGAAAGAAUCGCCAAAAGUAUCUAAGGUUUUUUAUACAUCUUUUUGUAUAAUAUUUUUAUAAAAUAGAUGUUUAAUAGAUACUUUAUGUCAUAUCACAAAUAAAAUUUUCUUUAAUUUAAAAAAGACAUUGUGAAUACGAUUCACAGUCUGUACAGUACAUAUGUCGGGUAUCCCAGUAACUGUGUUAUAAGGUCAUAUCGUUAUUAUUAAUGGUAAUUAAAAGUAAUCAAAAACGUCAAAGGAAUACAAUAUGUAUUUAUAUUAGGAUGAUUCUUCACAAUUAUAUAUGAAAUUCAAUAUCGUGCAAAUGGUCAGUCGAACUUUUGAUACAUGAUAGUUUAUUGUGAAUCCGGCCGUCCGAAGACAAGCGCGGAUAUGCCACCUCACCCGAUCGGGUAUAUGCAACUUAACCAUCCACUCCCCAGCAACCACCACCACCCAGGUCACAGCGAUUGGAAGAACUGUCAAACUCAUAUUUUUCAAAUCAUCGUUAUCGGGUACGGAAGAUCCAACACUUGACUCUUUGUCGGCGUAAGGAAUUUUGCUAUAGGACGCGUCUACUUUGUCAAGCUUACCUGACUGGUAAUAAUUCACCAACCAGGCGCUUAACGCUUUUGAUACAUGAUAUUACUCUUUUCUCACAACACUGACUUAUUCUUUAAUAUAGUCCCAAAUAAAAAAUCUAAGAGCUUUAAAUCACACGACCUUAGUGGCCAAUUGACAUUACCGUUGUUUGAAAGAACCCUGUCGCUAAACUUUGACCGUAAUAAAGUUACUCUGUUUCGGUGGAUGUAAGGAGCUAUGUCAAAGAACAAAUCUACAGGAAUAACAAAGGAACUCAAGGAAAUUAUUCGACGGGCUGUUGAUCAGAUUAAACAAUGUUAUGUGCGAGUGUAAUAAAAAAUGUUAAGAAAAGAGUAAUAUCGUGUAAAAAAAGUUUGGGUGACCAUUUACAUGAUAUUGUAUUUCACAUAUGAUUGUAAAGAAUCAUUCUAUGAUAUACAAUUAAAAUUUUACAAAUUUUUUUAAUUUAAACAUGUUUUAUUCACAAGAAACUUCUAGAAGCUCUUGUUGAGACACCCUUUAUUUGUCUCUCCGAACUAAAUUAUUUAAAUAAAGAGAUAUCGACUUGUAACAGACUUAUUGGGACAGCCUGUAUAUAUAGAAACUAAGUACAUAUAUUCUUUCAAUUUAGGAAGAGAUGUUACUUUAGAAACAUAAAUAAAGUAAUA